AUGAUGUGCGGUGCUGCUGGCAAUGCUCGCCCUCCUUCUGAAGAGGAGAAGCAACUUCUUCUGUCACCUGUUAGUGCGCACCUUGAGCGGCACCUCGGGAGCCCUCCCCAUCCCGUCGACAUUGUUGAAGUUCGAACUCAAUGUGUCGCUGGAACCAAUUAUUUCCUAAAGGUUACACAUUCCGAUGGCAAGGUUUGCCAUGUACGCGCUUUUAGAGCUCUACCUUGCAAUGGUGGGAACGUCGAAGUUGUGAAAGUUGUUGAGAAAAGCGGUUUGGGGGAACCUCUUGAAUACUUUUAA